AUAUAUAUAUAUAUAUAUGCUGUUAACGUUGCUCUUGGAAAACCUGCCUACCAGACAGACACAUGGAAUGGAACUCUACCGUCUACAGCAGACCUUGCCGUUGACGGGAACACGUCACCGGAUCGUGAGACUAACAAGUCGUGCGCACACACGUUGUCUUACAACACAUCAUGGUGGGUGAAUCUCCAGCAGAUAUUCCUCAUCCGAAGCGUCAAGAUAUACAACAGGCAAUCGUUUAGGUAUAGACUUACAGACGUCGAGCUUUACGUCGGGUUUUCGGAGCGCGGUUUUCAGUCGCGUGAAGGAUUUCACCCGGGACAGGUGGACGUUUCGUACACGUUUGAGCUAGAUACACCGGUGUUCGGACAGUGGGUACGGAUUACGCGCAGAACUCCUCUCGAUGUACUCACUCUGUGUGAGGUUGAGGUGGAAGGUGUUCCUUAUGCUGCAUCCAAUGGCGUUCGUUAUGAGGUCUUUAAAGGAUAUGUUCACACUGGCACUGCAAUCGACGUAUCCGGAAAUGUCAGGUCAAAACUUGACUGCACAUCAAGGUGUCCCAACACGAAGAACUGCAUCAGUACCCACUACAACAAAGCGACAUUGACAUGCAGUCAGUUCGAUGAUUUGGCAUUCAAGCAAGGAGACGUCAACUUUGACGUCAUUGCUGUCAACAGUAUUGCCAUAACAGAGACGUCAAGGGCACAGUUGUUUGAAACAUAAACCGGCAAUUGAGAUGUCAUGUGUUUUGAAGCCACGUUAAGCAUAUUGAAACACCACAAUUUUCCAACAAAACAAAUGCGAUUAACGUUUUUAUCAAUACUAUACAUACAAAUGCAGCUUCACAAACAGUAGAUACACUUUAUUAUAUUACGAAGUCCUUUACGUCAAGGCAAGUGAAUAAUUUCAAACAGGCGGGCACAAUACAAAAGCCAUUAAAGGGGCCUUUUCACAGAUUUUGGCAUUUUUUAACUUAUUCAUUAAAUGCUUUAUAUCGAUAAAUUUAAACAUUGGAUCGUAAAAGCUCCAGUAAAAAAUCAAGAAUAAAAUUAAAAAAAGGAAAAGAACAUUGCCCGGACCAGGUUUCGAACCAGUGACCCCUGGAGUCCUGCCAGAGUCCUGAAGUAAAAACGCUCAAGCAUACUGAGCUAUUCCGCCGAGUACACUGAACGUAUUUUAUACCUUAUAUAAGCAAUCUUCGUAGUUUCACAAAAUUUAACGACAAAUACAGAACUCUCCAAAUUAUUCAAUCGUUUCGCGUUGCAACGCUUUAUAAUUUUUAGGUUUUAAAAUCGUCAAAAGAUGCAUAUAAUGGCUCUAUUAGACCAUGGUAAAUGUUCAGUAUUACUGUUUCCUCACAAAUAUCAUAACUAAAACGAAAAUUUGCGAAUCUGAAACAACUUUUUUCAAUUUUGUCAAUUUACCAAAGCGUGAAAAGAUCCCUUUAAUACAACACUAAAACACUCUAAAACACAAAUAUGAAUCGAACCUAAUUCAAACACAGCCUUGGAACGGCCAUAGCAAAUUAUUUUGGGUUGACACCAGGUAUACUUUUACUCUUCAAACAUUAUACAAUCCCAACUUGUGUUGUUCUCAGAAAACAUGUUAAAGUAAAUACAAACGAAAAAAGUUAAAUUAUUUCAAAUUAAAUUGUUAUUAUUCUACUUCAUCGUUGAAUGCAACCGAUAGCAGUAGAUUUGCUACUUUCUAAUGCAAUUUAAAAUACUACAUAACUAGUAGCCACAUCUUGUUGAUUUUGUCACAAAACAUAAAAAAAACAGCGUUUUGAUGUUGUGAUGUUGCAAUGCGAUGCUAAUACUCAAGUGGGACUAUUGUAGUCGCUAUAAUAGGUCUUAUUAGUCGCUGUUGUUUAUUUAUCGAGUAACCGCGAUAUAUUAAAAAGCAAUUAUGUCAAGAAAUGUAAGCAGUGAUAAUAUUAAAUUAACAUUAACCCAUU